AUGGAUCGAAUCACGGACGAAGAGGAGAAUGUGCCGCAAAUCGUGGGAGUCGACGCCGAUACUUCCAGCGAAGAGACACAGAUGCGCCUGAAGAAGACAGGUUUCCUGGCUCAGUUACGGAGCUAUGAAGAAGCGCUAGAUCGAAAGUUAGGAGUCGAAUCGCAUAGCAUCGAACGGAAGCUCCCAGGCGAUAGGAACCCGUUCUAUACCCGAUGGUCAGGCCAGUUGGCUAUAGUGAGCUUUUGGGUAGGCGGCUGCAUGAACCUUGGCAGCUUCGCAAGCGGCUUCAUAGGAUGGGAGUUCGGCCUAGAUCUCCGGCAGAGUAUCUUGGUCAUCAUAUUUGGCUCGGUCGUCGGCGGUGCGGUCACGAGCUGGUGCGCGACAAUGGGCCCUCCUACAGGCCUCCGUCAAGUCUCCAUCUGUCGUUACUCCCUAGGCUGGUACCCUUCGAAAGUCAUCGCAAUACUCAAUGUUAUCCAACAAAUUGGAUGGUGCGCUUCCGGCUCUAUCACAGGAGGACAAGCGCUUUAUGCGUUUUCGGAUGGAAAGGUCGGUUCUCAGCUUGGCGUCGUCAUAGUCAGCAUAAUGAGUCUGGGCUUCUCAUUCUUUGGUUUGAAAGCGGUAUAUAUAUUCGAGAAGUUCGCCUGGCUCGUAUUCCUUGGUAUCUUCCUGAUCAUCCUAGGGGAGAUAGGAAGAUUUGCCGAUCUUAGCGCCCCAUCAUCCGCUAAGGGGCCGUCGAAUAUCGCAGGGGCAGUAUUGACGUACUUUGGCGUAAUGUACGGAUCCAGUGCUUCUUGCGCGGGCGAGUCUAACUCCUAUCUUGAUUGCUAUGUGUCGGACUUUUAUGCUGAACAUCCAGCAAAUAUCGCCAAGACUAAGAUCUUCUUGCUGACAUUUGUUGGGUUAUUCGUAUCUACCUGUCUAAGUGCUAUAGCCGGAGCUAUUGCUGCGUCAGCCUUGCACAAUAACCCACAAUGGAACGAACAAUACGAGGUUGGUGUUGGGUUCUUGCUUCAGACGAUGAUUCACCCAUAUAGGCUAGCAAAAGCGAUCCUUUUCCUAUUGAUGUUUGCGUCUGUCGGCUUGAACUGUGGAUCAAUGUAUAGCGCAGGCCUUUCGAUUCAGCAGGCUUCCUACAGACUAGCGGCGGUGCCAAGGUUCGUCUGGGAAAUAUUCUGUUUUGCCGCGGUUAUCGCUUUGGGCCUCGCUGGCAGUGAUCGGCUUCUGGUCUUCCUCCAAAAUUUCCUUAGCUUAUUAGGUUACUAUGCAACCGCUGUCUUCGUCUGCUUAUUUACCGAGCACUAUUUAUUUCGGGACGGCUCUUUCGGGAGCUAUGACUUGGAAAACUGGAAUACACGCAGUAUGCUGCCGGUUGGAUAUGCCGGUAGCCUUGCCUUUGCAUGCGGAAUAGUUGGAGCUGUUCUUGGGAUGUCUACAACUUGGUAUACUGGUGUUAUUGCAAAGCGAUUUGGGGAACUUGGUGGCGAUAUUGGAAACGAGCUUUGUUUCUUCUUGACUCUCGUUGCAUACGUCCCAGCUCGGUACGCGGAAAGGAGAUGGAUGGAUAAGUGAAGACGUUGAAAGCCAAGCACCUACUUAACAAGAGGCAACCAUCUCCUUCGUUGGAUAGCGCGAUUACCUACCUAGGUAGAUAUCUAGGUAGAUAUGCACACAUGUGCAAUUAUCCGGUGUGAUGCUGGCGUUGCAUAGGAUCUCGAUAAUACUCCGUCAUGGCCACCUCCAUCAUCUGCCAAGAACAUCCGAUCCUUGGGAUAGGAUAUUCUCCGGCUAAUCUCUCUUUGAAGGGCAAGAUGUAUAUCCAUAAAAGGUGGUUUCCUUACGCUUGUGCGAAGCUCACGUCUAGGCUGCUAGGUCGCAGUUGAGUCGUAUCUAAUGGUACAAUAAAUGUGGUUACUACUCGCAGAA